AUGCCAACCUCAUCUGGCAGCAACAACGGCGGUCACAGUGGCGGCAGUAACCCACGUGCUCCGGAUCCCGACGAAGAUGGGUCUCUCCCUCAUCUCCACAUCCUUUCCAAGCACGACUACAACUGCCUUUGGCCAACCGCUCCGAAUGUAUACGAAUUCUGGAGCACAUAUGCCGAUAAGGACGCUGAUGUUUGGGUUUGCAAUUGGAAAGAAUACCCUUUCCCACACCAGGGAGCUAACAAGUUCAUUGGCCUUGGGCCCGAUCAGAAGAUCUCUGGUAUCUGA